AUGCUCUUUACAUGUGAUGCACCGUGUUACAUGCCACAGAUAAAAUUAUUGAUUUUUAAGGGAUCAAAGAAUCACCGUGUUUAUUGUCGUAUGUUUUAUGACCAGAUGUGGAGGUCUGCAAAUGCGUCUCACGAUCAGCGCCUUGUACGUGGCCCUGAAACUACGUACCGUUAUCUGAGUGCUGGGGGUUUUGUGGCGCGAGUAUGGGCACUUCGUGCUGCAACGCCU